AUGGAAAGUUUUCUCCUGGUUGUGUUUCUGAUCAUCAGCUGUGCAUCACUUGCUUUCAGUGCUUGUAAGUAUGCUGUACUAGUAUACGUAUUCAUUUUACUCCACGCUGAUUAAAAAAAAAAAAAACAAGAAUAAAAAUUCAAUCCGAAUUUGGUUAUAACCUAUCCCACUCUCACUGCUAUUGCACUAAAUUAAGGGACAAGAGCUUCUAGUUGAGAGAAUCUUAUUUUUCAACAUCAAAAUAGUCAACUAAAAGACUUUGAACAUCUUAUGCCCGGUUCAAACAUGCAUUUCACAUACGCCGAACUUGACGCUAAUGAGGUUACUAUGUUGUUCUCACUCAUUUGCAUUAGAUUCGGCUCAUGAGAGACAGGCUUUAGUGAAACAAACCCCUUCAGUUUUUUGGUGAAAAUCUACUUACUCAAGAUCUAGUUCUUAAAAAUAACGGCAUUGAAUAUCGUCAGAUUUCACUGGUAGAUUCAACGGAUUCCAAUUGAAAUAAUCAAAGGUUUUUUUAGUUAUCUGUGGGCGCAUGAGCGCAUUGAGCCAAGAUGAAGAGCUAAGGAAGCAAGCAUGGCAUCCUCACAUUAUUCAGCACUUAUUUGACGUUACGUAACCAGCUUCCAAGCAGGGCUUAUAAGAAUCUUGAUCGCAAAUUGUGUUGACUAGUCUGAUAUAUGCGAAGCAACGGACUGAGAUUAUUAGUACGCGAAAACAUACCGUCCCAGAAGGACGACGGUAAAAUGUCACGCGUGUUUUGCUUGACAUGACAUCUAUCUUUAAGUCCCUGGGAUCCCUCUGAAUUCCGAAAUCUCUCACUUUGAAAACGAGGCUAAGUGCUAAACCGUUCUCAUGGCUUGGGGCAGCUUAGUCUGUUACAGGGGCGUUGCGUGACGACACUAAAAACGGCUGUGUAGCAGACUAGGGGCAGCUCGGAAAUUGCCUAUUAAUCAGAUGUUCUUGUUUUCUCUUUUUCUUUACUAGCCUGGAGCUAUGAAAGCCCUAAUGGUAAGAAGUUCUUUACCUUUUAAUAAAUUUACCUUCCAUUUUUCAUGUUACUUAGCCUGCAAACAGGCUCCCAAGUGGAGCUCGACCUGGGAGAGAAAAAAGGCGGGUUAGGUGCCUUUUUUUCUUCCUCAGGCCACGCUCGCAUCGCUUUGCUCGUCGAUUUUCUUUUCCGCCCAGCUGCACUUAGGAGCUUGUUCGCAGGCUAAUGUAACUAGUUAGGACAAGGCUCUCAACAUUUUUUUCCGGGUUUUGAAUCAAAUCGCUAUACACACUGGAGCUUAGAAAAGACUCCAUUGACGCUUGCAUUUCGCUUAAGUCACGUUUAAUCAGUUGUCAACAUUAGCAAAUAAUAUUGCACUGUCACCGUCUGACGUCACAGUCAGCAAAGACCAAAGGAACAGUAGUCAAUUUUGAUUUCAGCAGUGCACUUUGCCGUGCAAUUUAGUUUUUACCAGUUUAUUUUCAAGAGCUUCAAAUACCCUCGAAUACUUUUGUACGUUCUAGGCCCUGCUAAUUGGACGGGGGUCUGCAAGAAUGGAACGAGGCAAUCUCCAAUCGACAUCAAAAGCAGUGAAGCUGUUUAUGACGAAGCCUUGGGUAAAUUUGAGUUAAAGAAUUACGACAAACAAUUAACCCUCGAUUUCACCGUUGCAAACAAUGGGCACGGCAUGGUAGUGUCAUUGGGUGGCGGUGAUUACGCUGUAAGCGGAGGAGGUCUUGACGGUAGCUAUAAAACCGUUCAGUUCCACCUCCACUGGGGACCAGAUGAAAACGCAGGGUCUGAACACGAGAUGGACGGAAAGGCUUAUCCAGCUGAGGUGAGAGGUGCACGAAACCUUGUACCGUUUACAUGAGAAAGAAAACGUUGGCUCGGGUAGAAGAUGUGAUCACCUCGCCGGAUCACCCUCCUUCCCGGGCCACCCUUUUUCGUUGGUAGGGUCACCCUCUUAGCCUGGCCGAUUUUGCUCAUAUAACACUAAGGCUCGCCUAGCGGGGUCAGAUGCGCGAAAGCUGUUAUCAGCUCUGCCCAAAAGCGGUAUCUUUUUCAGGCGUCAGCUUUUUGAAAGGGUAGGAGUUUUACUAGUUGAAGUAUAUGAAAGGGUAGGGAAAUCUAGCCUGCGUAGCAAGCGUUUCGGUGCGGUUUAGGAGCAAAGAACGAGGAACGAGAGUCAAAGACCUCGGGAAAAAUGGCACAAGUAAAAGAGCGGAGGGGGGGUGGGGAAGAAAGGAAGUUUCCUUCCUUCCCCUCCCCCCUCUUUCAUUUUUUGGCUCUCAUUUCAUUUCUCGCGCGGCCAAAACCGGUCUUUCUUUGCUCCGACACCAAAUGCAAACGCUUGCUACGCAGGCUGAGGGAAAUCUGUCAUUGCGGUCUGUGAAAAAGACUUAAAAGGACUAAUAGGCGCAUUUUAUGGAUGUGAGAAAGACAAGAACACUUCCUGGUUUUCUGAUUGAUUCAUAUUUAACGGAAAGUGCAUUUACAGCAGUUAAAAGGGAUGCAAUGUUUUAAACUAGGUGUGUGAUUGGAGUACCUCUGAUUUUUCAAUAGAAGGUAUGGGAACCUUUUCUGUCAAAAAUGCUUUACAAAAGGGUGAGGGGUUCGACCUAGGUGGUACAGGCUCCCCAUAAAAAAACUCUCUUGAGAAUCCCCCUGUUCAUGUUUGUUAAAUUUGCCUUUUUUUGGUCUUUCUGUUCAGAUGCACUUUGUAAGCAUGAAUACAAAAUAUUCCACUCUUAAAGAAGCACUCACACCGUCAGAUGGUCUUGCCGUUCUUGGUGUCUUUAUGGAGGUAACAUUUUACUUAAAUGGUUUUUUAGGCACGACGAGGGGACAUCAAGGCUAUACAAAUUCAACUCGAAACAAUUUUUCGGCGAUGGGUCCACUCUGGAUUUUCUUACUGGGAAUCAACUGCUGCGAUUCUAAGAAUUUGCAUUCAAAAUUUUUUCGUUUAUUACAACUCAGGUGAAUAUAGACGGAAGGGUAUCAUUUAAAAAUGAGAUACUGAUGUCGUUCUAAGUAUUUAAUCCAAUUACGGGUAAAAUUGUUCUGCCCUUGUGCAGUCUGUUUCAUGCUCUAAAUGGCGAUGUUUGUGAACUAGAAAAUUUGAUAGUUCGCUGAUUAGACUUUCCCUUAUUUAUUUAUUUAUUGUGCCUAUCGCGCAGAAAACCGCAAAAAUUGUAAAAUUAUAACGCGACAAAGUAACGUGCCACAGGGCAACGUAAAACGUUUGAAUUGCCGCUUGACUAAGGCCACGUCCACACGAAUCUAGAUGUUUUUGAAACCGCAUUUUUUUUUACACAAAUGGACCUUUCGUCCACACGAAACCAGUGAAUUCACUCAGAAGACUGGGGGAUUUCUGGAGGAUGGCGGAUUAGAGGUAACUAGAUAGGUAACCACAGCGAAAGUGGCAGGAAAAGGCCAGUAUUACCAUUACUUGGAUCAUCGAAGUUUAAACAGAAAAUUGAUUAUUAUCUUCUAAGCGAGAAAAUUUGCCAUUCACAAUUCCACAUGAUAUCGCCGUUUGUCACUUUUCAGCGAUUUUUUUCCCUUUACAUCUGUUUCAGGUUGGAGGAGACGAUAACUCUGCGUGGUCGUUUUUGGACUAUGCCGCAAACGUUACUACCUGUAAGUUUUCGUACUGCUGCUACCCAUGACUGUUUCUCGAGAAAUUUACCUCAACCCUGUUUCAGACCAAUAAUAAUUUUUCCCAAAAAUGUUUAAGACCUGAUCGCAUGAACCAAAAGUUAACUCUUUACACUAUUCCAGACUACACCACUGCAUCACGUACACUUAAGACUUGAUCCGAAACUUAUCUUUGGUUCGCGUAAAAUUUGUAAUCACUACACAACGCCAAUGUCACCCAAACUGGCCUUCAAACUUCAUACUGUAAUGUUCUUAAGAUAACCAUACCCACUGCCUCGUGCAAAGGAAUCCGGGUUCUGGAAUAUUAUUACUUGUAAAAUCUGGAAUCCUGGACUUUAGAAUCCGGAAUACAGCUCAAGGAGUCCGGAAUCCAUAAUCCAAGUUCUACUGACAAAGACUAGAAUUCAGCUCCUGAAAUCCAGAAUCCAAGACUGUCUUGGAUUCCCUUACAGGCGCCGAUACCCAAUUCCACACAUUGACUACACCCUGUCUAAAGAAAAAGAACCUUGCCCGAUUUCAAACCACAAGAGUUUGAACCUAUACUCAAUUUCAGUCGAGAAUUUGUGACCUCGUGUUUUUGAUCGAAUCUCUUUGUGUGAUUUGCUUUCCCAGUCAAUACAUCUGUUGUUGUACCAGCCUCAAAAUUUGCAGUCUUUAACAACCUGCUGCCAGCCUCGAAGACCGACUACUACCGCUACGACGGCUCUCUUACCACCCCUACGUGCAAUGAGGUUGUCACCUGGACUGUUUUCAAGAAUACUGUCAAAAUAUCCCAGCGUCAGGUACAGUAAACAACUUAGGCUUGCGUGAUGGCCUUUCCAGGGUAAGGGGAAGGGAGGGUGGGGAGACGUCUUCGGCCGCCUCAGCAUUCCCAACCUGUCUUUAAGCUCGCCAGCCUUUAAGUCCGCAGGGUAUGACAACGUACACGCAAGUUCUCGUUUCGUACACGCUCAAUAGAAACGCCAAAAAUUAGCUUGGCACGCAACUGAUUCCCGGCGUUCACUAACUGAAGGAGCGUUUCUACUUGACGCCGCGGCGGCCACAUUGGUGUUCCAAAACAAUGAAAUCGCGGCCAUGUUAGUGUAACAAGAAAAUCCUCUGGGAGUUGAACUUUUCUUAUGAAAACGUCUUCUUUUGUUCCGAUAAAUUAUCAGAAAUGCUGGCCACGUAAUUGAAAACGUUCUAUAGGAUGACACUGACAAACGAGGUUAUUUGCAAUCUAACAGUUCAGUUUGCACGCUGUGCAAGCGGCACGGCUUCCCCUACCAGCAGAUGAAGACUAUAUGUAUGAUCUUUUCAAAAAUUUCCACUCCAUUCAGUAACUGCGAGCCGGCUAGAUUUCUUAGAGCGCGUAUUACUAGUAUCUAAGAACUACCAGAAGCAUAUAACUGACCAUAAACCUGCUACUGGAACUACUCACAAUACCAUCCCAUAUCAUUUCCUGUUGGAAGCGAUGUCCUAUUUGCUUUUGAUUGUAACAGCCCUGAGAAGCCGAGUAGUUUUACUGGAAUCAAGCUAUGAGCUUUGCCUUGUUGAUAAUUAAUGCUAGUUCUCUAUCAAAGUUGUAAACGAAACACUUUUUUUCCCGUUUUAGUGAGAGCACGGGAACUUUCAGUUAACAUUGAUUUCUCCUUUCAGAUUGAUCUCCUUCGUAAACUCAAACAGAAGGACGGUAAACUGCUCACGGAAAAUUAUCGUCCACCAACGCCACUCAAUGGCCGAACCGUCAAGGCUAGUUUCAAAGCCACUUCUGUUGCAACUACUCCGCCGCCAGCUGCUGGCUCCACUAUCAUGCCAACAGGAGGCGCAUCUGUCAGCAGGAUGACCGCUGGCCUGUUUUUGUCAAUGUUGUUGGUCCUCUUCGCUUUGCAGUAGUUUAAAUUCUUAGGGUACUUUUGAGUCAGCUAAGCGGUCUUGUUUUGAUCAUCUAAAGAAGGGAACAUGAGCUAUGGGAAACAUGAAGCUUCAGUCAUCACUCGAACAUGAAAAACAUUCAACCCAACAGGUCAACACAAUAGGUCAUUUCUGAAUUAUCUCUAGCGUCUUUUUCAAAGUAAGUCAAGAUGUCCAACCCUUCAUACGCUAUUUUAUACUUCAGACCUCCCUUUAAGAGAGCUGGUUUAGCGUAUUAUUAAAUAUGUGUCUCGCAAAGCCUCGUGUAAACUUGAGGAUGAUAAACAGCUGAGGACCGCCCAAGUUAUCUCCUUAAGGGCGGGGUUAGAAACUGGAUGGGUGACCAGCCGCGAAUAAGUCAAAAUUCUCUACGCCUUCCUUUGAUGGGAUAUAGUCAGCGCCAGCUGCGGAGUCUUAGAACAUUGUGGGAAACCAGCAUGAGAAAGGGCCUCAGAGACAAGCCUUCAGAAAAUUAGGCUCUUUGCUUAAAUACACUUUUAGAAUUAAACGGAGUACUCAGGCUGCAUGUUUUUCAUUACUCGUGGGACAAUAGGAAAUAGACGCGAGUGUAACUUUUAGGGCAUAGACUGUGUGUGCAUUUUAAAUAUUUUGUUUUGAAAUAAAGGAUUGUUUGCUAUUGCUAUCCAUGACUUUAUCUCUGUCGAAUAAGGGUUUGUUGAUUUGGUUCAGAAGUGCGCACUAAGAGUACCCAGAAAGCUUUACAAACUUUUAUUUGCCCUGUUAUUUGGUCUUCUCAAAUUAUGUUAUCACUGAAGUUCUUUACUAAAGAUUUCCCGCUCAAGCCCUUUUCGCAGCAAAUAACCGGAAACUUGGAACUUUUCAAUUGCUUUUGGUAGUUGCUCUUCAUUUUUUCAGGCUAUCGUCUCAGACACGAAGAACAACAGGCGCCACGUAAUGAAAGGGAAACUACGAUUACAAGAGUUCAACAAUUUUUCAAUAUUGAUUUUCGAGUUUGGAUCAUUAUUUGAAUACUUGCCUGCCAGGAAAAAAGAAAAUACCAUUUUUUUGGAGGAGGCGAGGCGGGGGGAGAGGCUGAAGACAUGAGGAACUAAAACAGAGUAUUGUAACAAGGACCUUGACACAUGAUUCCGGCUCACGAGCAUCUCACAAAUGUUAAGCUCUUCAUUGCGGCUAAAUAAGGGUUUAAGUUUGUUUAAUUUCUGCAAAGUGCCUCCUGGAUCUGAAUAAUUUAAGCAAUUUUCUUUUUGUCCGUGAAUGUGACGGUUUCCUGCAAUAUUUUGUCACGCUGUUAAAUUCUAACGGAUAGUGAUUUUCAGAUCCAAAUCUCGAAGAAUGGAUUGUAGCUUAAACCGAAGCUAUAUCAACCAUGGAGAAUUGCAAUGUGACUCAGUCAUGAUUGCUCUUAAAGCUCAUUUCUUCACUUGCCGGACCAAGUCAUCACAGUUGGAGACUUUCUAUCUGAUUCGUGUAAAUGUAACCCGAUAAAAAGGUCAAAGGUCAACGGGGACGGUAAAAAAGAACCGCUCAGUGCCAGAGGUUUUUCUCGCGGCUUCGCCAACACCGAAAAUUCCCCGCCGCACGCGAGAAAAACCUCUGGUACCCAGGGUAUGAUCAAGUCGCUUUAUUUUCUGAUUUUAACCAUUCAUAUAGCAGUAUGCUUUUAUAUCGGGAAUUAAGCUCAAAAACAUUUUAAAAACGCUCACUGCGAAUUUUAUGAACAAUUUUCAUGUCGGAAACGCAUGUUUCCCUACCCUGGGUACCAGAGGUUUUUUCUCGCGUGCGUCGGGGAGCUUUCUCAGAGAGAAGAGAAGAGCUCUUCUCUCCUCUUAGACUACGAGUAGUCCCCCAUUUUUCCUNAUCUGAUUCGUGUAAAUGUAACCCGAUAAAAAGGUCAAAGGUCAACGGGGACGGUAAAAAAGAACCGCUCAGUGCCAGAGGUUUUUCUCGCGGCUUCGCCAACACCGAAAAUUCCCCGCCGCACGCGAGAAAAACCUCUGGUACCCAGGGUAUGAUCAAGUCGCUUUAUUUUCUGAUUUUAACCAUUCAUAUAGCAGUAUGCUUUUAUAUCGGGAAUUAAGCUCAAAAACAUUUUAAAAACGCUCACUGCGAAUUUUAUGAACAAUUUUCAUGUCGGAAACGCAUGUUUCCCUACCCUGGGUACCAGAGGUUUUUUCUCGCGUGCGUCGGGGAGCUUUCUCAGAGAGAAGAGAAGAGCUCUUCUCUCCUCUCCACUGUCAUCUGGGUGAAAAACUGUCGCUCCAAAAAAGGCCUUAAACAGUGCCUAGGAGGUCUGAAAUGCAGUCAGAAUACAAAGAGAAACAAGAAGACGCUAAAGGUAAGCUUCAAAGCGAUAUUCAAUGUACAUUUUGCUAAUUUAGUGAGCGAAGAAUAUUUCUCCAUACAACGUCUUAUAAUUUUCUUUCUGUAUGAAUAAUUAAUUAGCUAAGUAGGAUAAUGUUGUUCAGGGCUCUCAUAGUGAGCUUGGGCUACCUGUGCAUGCACAAACAAAAUUUAUAAAACCAUUCCAUAUUUUUUUUGUAUCCUUUUAUUUUCAUUUGGUUUUGGCUGGCAAGAUAAAACGCGACCUUCAACCUGUAAUAUUCGAUAGGCCAUUUUGACUACAAAGAAAGGGCUAAUACAGGCUUUCGUUCAGCGUUUGUAAAACAAAAUGGCGUUAAAGUCCUGUAUUAGCCCUUUCUUUGUUUAACUUCGAUGGCUUCUCCACGCUAAACUGAUCAAGCGACGCGAUGUUCUGACUCGUUGCUAUGUGACGUCACACUUUCAUCGAUGACUCGGUCACAGACAAAUACCAGAAAACAAUUCUCAGUUUACACUCACGUGAGAAAGCAGAAAUAAAAAUGGAAAGCUUUUAGUACAGAAAGUCUAGAAUAUGGGAAAUAAAAGAAGAUAAAUAUACAAAAAGCCUUGCCAAGAAUCAGGUCUAUGCAACAGUUCAUAUGCAAGAUAUUCGGAAAAACGUUUUCCAAAAUUUAUAAAGCUUUGACGCCAUUUUUGUGUCCCUUUCAGGGGCACAAAUAUGGCCGCCAGAAACCGACAGAAACAUCUCUUUUUGAGUUUUCCUACUUAUGCGUGAAUUCUUCGCUUGAGGAACUCAUAUUUAUUCUGAGACAAGGAAUGUUUAGAUAGCAAAAUCUCCAAAAAUCCGUAAUGUUUUUAAUCCACUUAAGAACUUUCCCGGGCCGCCAGCCAAAUGCCCCGUCACCCAAAAGCCUGGAAAUUGUCUUGAAAUUUCAACAGGAUUUAAUCAAUUAUAACAAACAAACGUGAUGUACAGGGUCCGCAAUUUGGCAAGAACACAUGGUAAGAACCUUCGAGCCCUAAUGCGCAUGUCGCUAGCGUUACUAAGCAACCAUGCAAUAUCGAGACAGAAAUUCAAGCGUCCUGUAUAGCAAAACAAAGAACCCUAUUGAACCGAAAAUUUGUUUGUAUAAAGGUUUUAAGGUGCUCUAAAAUCACAUGAAAGUAGAAACUCAGAAGAAGCGAUAGUUUCUUUGUUUGAAUUUUGGUGACGUCAUGUGAAAACCAAGAAUAGAGACGCCUCCUCCCUCUUGGCCAGGAGUCAACAUAGCCAUCGCGUUAGUCGCAGCAGUUGAAUUCAAAGGCGCUGUUCCGCUUGGAACUUCAGGCUCCGUAUCGGACAUCAAAGAGUUGUGUACGUCCAGUGGGCUCUGUCAACGGUAGGCAGAUUUAGCUUGCAGGUUCAAAUGCUCUGAAACAUCCCAUUUCGCUGCUACAAUGUUUCAUGUUCGAUUUAUACAGGGGCACCCAACGAGAAUAUAGUUCAAAACCACUUUAACAUAGCAUUGUUAAACGUAUUUUAUAAACGGUAAAUACAGGCAUAUUUUCACGUGUUUUGAUCCCCUAAAAAUUGUUCAUCUCUACGGAUUUCCUAGCUGAAAGUCUAGUGAUCCGAAAAUUAUAGGUACCAAAACUUACCUUUUCGAAAAUUUCAUCUAGAAAAACGGCUCCCGAAAAUUCUAGGUGAGCUUUUUAGGGUAAAAAUCCGUUAAAAAUGGGCAAUUAUACCAGUUUUUAGAUGUUCGAAAAUCCUAGGAGAGGCAGGCAAACAAGAAAUUCUAGAUCUGCCUAAAUUGUCUACCGAGCAGAUAUUUUCCGAAAAUUGACGUUGGGUGUCCCUGUUUAUUACAACGAAGUACAAUCAAUAGCAUCUACAUAUAGCGACACGCAUAUUGUAACAAAUAUAUCCCUUAUUAGACUUCAAUUCUGAAAGCGCGUGUCGAGGAUACUCGACAUCCGCACUGAAUUAGGCCAUUCUCGAUCAGGGCGUAAGAAGACAGGGCGUUGAAACGCUCAUACGCGCUCUGUCAUGCGGAGUAGGACUCGAACUAGUCGGCCUUUCCGCUCUCGAUCCGCUGUCAGGGCAAGAAAAAUGAAGCCGUCUAACUGGAGGUAGGUUCGGAUUUAUUGUUUUAUAUCUUGAGAUCGCUGCAAUUUAUAAUUAGAUUUGAUAUUUGGCGUAUUUCUAUGCGAUAUACAGAAAGUAUUUAGGUGAUAUUUUACAGUUAGUCUUAUAAGUUAAGGUGUUUUUUCGCCUUUUGUGUUUAUGUAGUGUCAUAAUGGCCUAUCGAAUAUUACAGGUUGAAGGUCGCGUUUUAUCUUGCCAGUCAAAACCAAAUGACAAUAAACGGCUACAGAAAAAAUAUGUAAUGGUUUUAUAAUUUUGUUUGUGCAUGUAAAUUUUAAGAGUGAACUUUUAUGAACCUUUAAGGUUUUUUUUACUUCUGAAGUGACGACUUCAUAAUGGCGAUAGCAAGGUUUUUGUUUUGUACGUUGGCGUUUAGCUUGUUAGUAAGAUAAAAGAUUUCAGGUGCCCAAUUUAGCGAUUUUUCUUUUUUUUAAUAUACACUAAGAUGUAAAUAAUUUUUUUUAGUUGCAGAACCGCGAUCCAGGAAGGUUCUGACUAUUUUUAAAGUUCUACUAGAAAAUUGCAUUCGAAUGAUCUCGUGUGACAGUCUUUACAUAGACAACAACAAGAACAAAUUCUGCUUCACUAAAGGUUGUAUUGCACGGAAACAGAAUGAAGCCUAUGGAGAAAUUUGCUUUCAAAUCCCUACAAAGAUUCCACUGUAAAAUUUAAUCAUAGAAUGUGUUUAUUUGUUAUGAUAAUGAUUUUUUGCAGGACAACAGUGAGUCCCCGGCCUGACCGGAAAAGACUACUAGAGCACACACUGAAAGAUAAACGAGUUCAUAAUACCGUGAAUAUGACGAAGAACAUGAAGAGGUCUUAAUUUGAUUGCAAGUAGAAUAAAUUAAGACUGUGUAACAUUGUAUUUUUGUCGUCAGAGGCAUAAGUGUGGUGUUGCACAAACUACAGUCAGCUCUCAGAUGGAAACUAUUGGGACUGGCACAAAAUGUCUGUAUUAAUGGACAGGUGUAACUCUUACAGAAAGUAAGAGAAAAUGACUGAAGAAUAGUAGGGACCAACUCGAUUUCCUGGAGGUGCCUUAUCUUUUGAUUGUACUACUGUAUAAUAUUUCUAGCAUUAUAUCCUCUCUCUUAAUAUCAUAUAUUGUAGACAAGGAAACAGGAAAGUAUUUUUUGAAUCAAGUUUGAUUAAUUCUGGCUACAGUUAAUAAAUUUAACCAAGAAUGAAAUUGAAUCAUACUGGACAUGAAGUAUACAAGUGUGCUAGGGUUGCUGGUCACACUAAAAAGUUUGUUUUUCAGCUGUUACAGGCCAUUUGUAUUUCAUUUGUGCAUAAUUCUUUAUAAUUUUCUUGUUUGCAAUAUACUUUUGUAUUUGUAUGUUAUAUAAAUGUUUUAUGUUGUAUCUGUAAGAUAUAUAUAAAUAUAUAUAGCAAUUUUUGGUUUCAAUGUAAGACUAGUGAAUGUUUAGUUUCUUUUAAGUUCCUUAGUUUGCAUGGGUAGUUUUUAGUGACCAUUUCAUUACAAAAAGCUGUUAUUAUCAAACAAAAAGAUUUGCUGGGCUACUUAUUUGUGUUCUUGCGAACUCCUUGUUAGUUUUUCAAGGGCAGUGAAUUAUAUUUCUUUUUCACAUACUUAUUCUUCAUUGCAAAGUAAUAUUAGUGUACAAGAUAAAAAAUAAUGAUGAUUUUAUUAUGUUUUAAAUCACCCGGACUUUAGUUUUCACAAUGUGUCCAGCUGUAAUGCUCAAUAUUGGAGAUAGCUCAAUAAGGUGUUUGGAGAAAAAUACUGAUGUGCACCAACAAAUCCAAACUUUAAUCGUGAAAACAGAUCAUCUGGCCUUGAAACUGGGCAGCAAACAAUAAAUGCUAUAGCAGAUAAUGAAUUGCACAACUUGAUAUUAAACUGAAGUAGAGAACCGAUAAUAUUAGUCUAAAAAUGAUGCCAGUGCUAUCAUCUGAGUUGUGAUGCCAUUUUACUACCAUAUCAGACUGGGCCAAUGUCUGUAACCAGGUCCAGGGGCGUUGCCAGCAAUUUUGCAUACUGGGUUCCUAAGAUGGUAUUAUUGUGAGAGGCACUGGGUGAGGGUGCAUGUCCUCAGAUAGCGAUUCCUUGAUCCUGGCCACAAACUUCUAAUAAUGUCAGUCCAAAUGUAUCUAGAACUUCUGAGAGAGGUUGCAAAUCACGCUUCCUGUAGAGAUGGUUAAAAGUGCACCAGUCAAUAGUUGUUGAAUAAAUAACGUACUUUAUCAAAGACUGUGGUCUUCUAACGGACUGUUGACUCGGCUAGCUUAUCAAUAAGAAGGUGGCGCCUUGUAUGCUUCCGUGCAAAAAUGUCGAUUGUUGAACUAACGUCAAGAGCCUACUGUAAGGAAUGUUUAUCAGAAAAGCCUGCAUGACAGGCGCUUUAUGAGCCCAGCGAGGCUGAACGAGGCUUGUCCAUAAAGCGCUAAACGGGUGCAGAGGGCGAUACGAGGGGAGGGCAAAAAAUAAAGCAAGUCCAAACAAUCGCUAGCUGGGCAUGGCAACUUUUGAGUGUGUUUUCGGUAGGCUCUGAAUGAGUGGCUUGUAAUAUUAAAAGGCAUUGUGGUAAUGUAGGUAGCGAUGAAUAAGCCUGAUUAAAUACCACACGUUAUAAUGGGCUGUUCACCUUGCUAUUGCUAUCUGUGUCCCUGAGUUCCAGGUAAUUUCCUUCAACUGAUUUUCAGACAGCCGCUUACUUGACAAAGCUUCUACUGCUCUCAGUUUUGUUGGUAGGGUUUUCGAUAGAAUUUUGUAGUACAGCCGUUGUUGUGCUACGUACAGGCGUAACACAUGGCAGGCUCUCCCAGGCUGAAAGGAAACUUCAUGCUCUUCAUGGCCUUCAACCAUGUUUCGCGUACUAGCUUAGCAAUGUACGGUCUUGCAGACCUCUUGCUGAUAUUCAUUAAAAUAAUAACAUUGUAACCCUCGAUAUAGUGUGUGAUGCCUUUCUGAAUUUGUUUCUUGUUUGUUUGAAAUGAAAUAGAGCCAGUUUAAUAGCCCAAAGGGCGGUUCCGGAACCUCUAAAACCCUCCCCUGGCUACGCCACUGCAGGUCAAGCCAUUUUGUUACCAACGUUUACCAACAGAUAAUAAUCUAUUGCUAUUAACUAGGAGCAUGUUUUGUUUAUAAUUUGAUAUUUUCUGAACGACCUCUGCCAUAAGGUAUUACUUAUUGCAAAGGAAUGCAGUGUGUCUUGGUAGGCUGCAGUAACAGACGUGGCUCUUAUAGAAAAGCAAUGAGUAAUGAGGGUGGUCAUAAUUGUUUAAAUAAUGAAAAUAACAUAAAUAUGGAAGUCUGAAUAUUGAAUAUUGAGGCUGGAAUAUUAAAUAUUGAGGUUUAAAAAUUGAAUAUUGAUGUUUCAAUAUUGAAUAUUGGCAGUUUGAAUUUAGAAUACUAAAAUCAAAAUAUUCCGCUUCCACCCCUGACCAUCAUUUCGGCAUCGAACAUGCGUCGUCUGUUUUCUUCUUCCCCACCACUACCACCUUGCGCUGGCGGUCAAAAAAUCCCCUGCGGUUUAUAUUUUAUCACUCACGCUCGACAGACUUUGAAGAGAAAAUAGAGGGUCUGUGAACAGGCUAUAUUAAGCAUUGUUUCCAAGUAGACAAAAGAUAUCUGCGGUACACUUCACCUCAUCUAUUAAAACUCCCCCAAGGAAGAUAAUCAUUUCACGUGAAUUAUGUAGCAGGUGAACAUGCUUGCAAACGAGGCGGUGAAAGUGAGCCGGCUCCAACCACAGCGGGGAAUAUUACCACCUGAAAACGCACGGUUGUGUGUCAAGAAUUAAAAAAUAUUUCGGGAGAAGAUGGAAAGGGGGAAAAACCAUAACAUAACAUGUAACAUAACUUGCACUGCUCAGUGACCCGACAAAAGCAAAUAGUUCUCAUUACAACAGCUCCUGACAAAGAGAGGAGAAGGAAAUAUUGUAAAUUCAAAUUAGCUCCGUUUUUAAGCAAUCAGAACAAAUUAAAUUAAUGAAAAGAACAGUAAGAUAAGGGUAGCUGUUCAAAUAGAAUUCACUUUCACAGAGUAGCUGUCAGUAAAUUUCGAUUAGAUUUCAGUUUCACUGAUUGUUUCUUUUUUUUUUUCCUUUCUGAAAUUUGUGUCCGUUACACUUUAGACUAUCCCCGCUGAAAUAGGGCGAAGAUGGAAAGUUUUCUUCUAGGUGUGUUUCUGAUCAUCAGCUGUGCAUCCCUUGCCUUCAGUGCUGGUAAGUAUGCUGUACUAGUAUAAGUAAUCAUUUUACUCCACGCUGAUUAAAAAAAAACAAGAAUAAGUAUUCAAUCCGAAUUUGGUUUUAACCUAUCCCACUCUCACUGCUAUUGCACUGAAUAAAUUAAGGGACAAGAGCUUCUAAUUGAAAGAAUCUCAUUUUUCAACAUCAAAUUAAAAUAGUCAACUAAAAGACUUUGAACACCUUAUGCCCGGUUAAAACAUUACACUUCACAUAGGCCGAACAUAACGCUGAUGAGAUAACUCUGUUGUUCUCACUCAUUUGCAUCAGAUUCGGCUCAUGAGAGCCAGGCCUUAAAGCCCAAUUCAGACGUCGUGCUUCUGCCCUGCCGAACUUAAUUGUAAUUUGGUUCGACUGUAGCACGGGAGGAAAACAAUUUUGAUUCAGACGUCGUGCCAGAGUCGAACCAAAUUCAGGAUUUACUGAUGCCUCGUAACAAUUCUUCUCCCAACUCCCCGUGGGAACGCAAUCUCGCCAAAAUACAUUAAUAUACUUUAUGAAUUUUCUUUAGCGCGGCAGAAGCACGACGUUUGAAUCGCUGCCGUGCCAGAGCCGUGUAGCACGGCAGCGCUUGUCGAACUUAAUUGCUUGCGAACUUAAUUCAAAAGUUUGAUUCAGACGCCAUGCUUCUGCCGUGCUUUUGUCGAACUUAAUUCUUGAAUUUAGUUCGGCACGGCAGAAGCACGACGUCUGAACUGGGCCUUAGUAAAACAAACCCCUCCAGUUUUUAGCGAAAAGCUACUUUGUCAAGAUCUAGUUCGUUCAUUUCUUAAAAAUAACGGCAUUGAAUAUCGUCAGAUUUCAGUGGUACGUUCAACGGAAUCUAGAGAAUUUUCGAUUUUUUAGUUACCUGUGGGCGCAUGAGCGCAUUGAGCCAAGAUGAAGAACUAUUAAAGGAAGCAAGUAUGGCAUCCUUACAUCGUUCAACUCGGCAUUUAUUUGACGUUACGUAACCAGCUUUCAAGCAGGGUUUAUCUUGAUCUUGAUCGCAGGUUGUGUUGACUAGUCUGAUAUAUGCGAAGCAACGGACUGAGAUUACUAACGCAAAAACAUACCGUCUCAGAAGGACGACAGUAAAAUGUAACGCGUGUUUUGCGUGACAUGACAUCUAUCCAAGUACCUUUAAGUCUCCCACUUUCAAAACGAGGCUAAGUGCGAAACCGUUCUCAUGGCUCGGGGCAGCUCGUCGGAAAUUGCCUAUUAAUCAGAUGUUCUUGUUUUCUCUUUUUCUACUAGACUGGAGCUAUGAAGGCGAAACUGGUAAGAGGUUUUUUACCUUUUAAUGGAUUAUUCGAUUCCAUCCAUUUCUUAUGUAAAUUAAUAGCCUGCAAACAGGCUCCAAAGUGGAGCGGGACCUGGGAGAAAAAAGGCACGUUAGGUGCCUUUUUUCUCCCUCAGGCCACGCUCGGCUCGCUUCGCGCGUCGAUUUUCUUUCCCGCCCCGCUGCACCUAGGAGCCUGUUCGCAGGCUAGUGUUACUAGUUAGGACAAGGUUGUCCACAAUUUUUUCCGAACCUUAGAUCAAAUCGCUCUACACACUGGAGCUUAAAAGAGACUCUAUUUACGCUUGCAUUUCGCUUAAGUCACGUUUAAUCAGUGGUCAACAGCAAAUAACAUUGCACUGUCACCGUCUGACGUCGAUUUCAGCAGUGCACUUUGCCGUGCUAUUUGUUUUUUAUCAGUUUAUUUUUCAAGAGCUAUAAAUACCCUCAAAUACUUUUGUACGUACCAGGCCCUGCUAAUUGGCCGGGCGACUGCAAGAAUGGAAAAAGGCAAUCUCCAAUCGACAUCAAAAGUGCUGAAGCUGUUUAUGACAAAGCCUUGGGUGAAUUUGAGUUAAAGAAUUACGACAAAAAAUUACCCCUCAACUUCACCGUUUCAAACAAUGGACACGGCAUGGUAGUGUCAUUGACUGGAAGUGAUUACGUUGUAAGCGGAGGAGGUCUUGUCGGUAGCUUUAAAACCAUUCAAUUCCACCUCCACUGGGGACCAAAUGAAGACAAGGGGUCUGAACACGAGAUGAACGGAAAGUCUUAUCCAGCUGAGGUGAGAGGUGCACGCAACCUUCUACCGUUUGCAUGAGUAAGAAAACGUGGGCUCCGCUAGAGGGGUGACCCGCCUAGCUGGGCCACCCUUUUUCGUUGGUAGGGUCACCGUCUUAGCCUGGCCAGUUUUGCUCCAUACAACACUUCGGCUCGCCUAGCCGAGUCAAGGGGAGACAACCAGUGCAUGUGCGAACGCUGUCAUCAGCUCUGCCCGAAAGGGGUAUCUUUAUCAGGCUUCAGGUACGAGGUUUACUAGUUGAAAUAUAUGAAAGGGUAGGGAAAACUGUCAUUGCGGUCUGUGAAAAGACCAAACAGGACUAACGGGCGCAUUUUAUGGAUGUGAGAAAAACAAGAACACUUCCUGGUUUUCUGUUUGUUUCAUAUUUAACAGAAAGUGCAUUUACAGCAGAUUUGGGAUGCAAAGCUUUAACCUAGGUGUGUGAAAGGGGUACCACUGAUUUUUCAAUGGAAGGUAUAUCCGAAAUGAGUACCUUCCCGUCAAAAAUGGUUUACAAAAGGUGAGGGGUUGGACCUCGGUGGCGGAGCCUCCCCGUGAAAAAAAACUCUCUUGAGUAUGCCCCCGGUUCACGUUGGCUAAACUUGCAUGUUUUUGUUCUUUCUGUUCAGAUACAAUUUGUAAGCUGCAAUACAAACUAUCCCAAUGUUACUGAAGCACUCAAAAAUCCAGAUGGUCUCGCCGUUCUUGGUGUCUUUAUCGAGGUAACAUUUUACUUUAAGAACCCAAACCCUAAUAUCAAAAAUGGAAUUCUCAUUUACUGUCCUUAUACUUUUUCAACAGAAGUAGAGGGGAGAACUUGCUGAAAUAUCAAUCAGACCCUGAUCAUGUACUCAAUUCUUAUCACCACUCUGUUUUCUAAAGCAUUUCUGAAGAAGUAAUAUAAAAAAGAGAAAUUUCAUGCUGAUCACUCUUAGGGCUUAAAGGGUUAAAUGGUUUAUUAGGCACGACAAGGGGUCAUCAAGGCUACACAAAUUCAACUGGGAACAAUUUUUUUUUGAGACGGGUCCACUCUGGAUUUUCUCACUGGGAGCCAAUCACUGCUAUUUUACGCAUUUGCAUCCAAAAUUCUUUCGCUUAUUAGAACUCAGUUGAACAUGGACGGAAGGGUAUCAUUCAAAAAUGAAAUUCCGAUAUCGUUCUAAGUAUUUACGGUUGUGUAAUCCAAUUACAGCUACAAAUGUACUGCCCGUGUGCAGUCUGUGUAAGCUUCUCUUAUAACAAUGACAUUUCUAGUAAAUUGCGAUGUUUGUGAACAAGAAAAUUUUGAUAGUGGAGUUGAUCUUCGGUGAUUAAAUUUUUGCGGCAGUUAUUUCCCUUAUCUAUUUAAUUAUUUAUUGUGCCUAUCACGCAGAAAAUCGCAAAAAUCGUAAAAUUUAGAACGCGCCAAAGUAACUUGGCACUUGGCCCUUUUUUUUUUUAUUACUGCACAUAGGUUUAUACCAGCUGUUUUUUUCAUACUCAGCUGACCUAUUUUUUGCAGUAUAAAUAAAGUAUUUGUUAUUAUUAUUAUUAUUAUUAUUAUUAUUAUUAUUAUUAUUAUUAUUAUUAUUAUUAUUAUUAUUAUUAUUAAUCUAGAUAUUUUUGAAACCGCUUUUUUUUUUCACACAAAUAGACCUUCCGUCCACACGAAACCAGUGAAUCCGCUCGCCAAAACCGUUUCGUUUUCAAAGCGAUCUCAAGAAAGGCUUAGAAACCCGUCCAUACGAAUCCGGGUAACAAACUACGCGGUUUCCACAAUGUGCAGGGGCCCGUUUCUCGAAAGGCACGGUAACUUUUCAGGCCCGAAAGCAAAUUUUGAAAUAAAAAGCUGUUGAAUGGUAGCACAGUUCAAGGCUCGAAAACCAGUCAAUUCAGCUUCGUUCACUGAUAGUUUUAUUGUAUCAUUUUCAAAAUUAUUGAAGCUUUGAUCGUUGAUGCAAACACGGGAAACACAAAACAACUUUCCGGGCCCGCAAAUUUACCGGGACUUUCGAGAAACGGGCCCCAGGGUAGUGUGGACGGCGCCUAAAAGGAAAUGGCAGAGACUGCUACGCCGUCUACCUAGCCUUAGGGGUGGUGGUCUAAAGGAGAAUGGGGGGGGAGGGAUAGGGGCCUAAAGGAUGGCCAGCGGAUUAGCGGUAACUACGUAACCACAGCGAAAGGGGCGGGAAAAGUCUAACGUGUUACCAUUACUUGGACCAAGGUGCCUAAAACACGAAAUUGACUAUUGUCUUCUGAGCGAGAGAAUUUACCAUUCGCAAUUCCACGUGAUAUCGCCGUUUGUCACUUUUCAGCGAUUUUUUCCCUUUACAUCUGUUUCAGGUUGAAGGAGACGACGAUAACACUGCGUGGUCGUUUUUGGACUUUGCCGCAAAUGUUACUAAAUGUAAGUUUUGCCUACUGCUGCAACCCAUGAAUGUUUCUCGAGAAAUUUACCUCAUCCCUAUUUCAGACCAACAAUAAUUUUGCCCGACAAUGUUUAAGACCUGAUCGCAUUAACCAAAACUCUUUACCCUAUUCCAGACUUCACCACGGCACUACGUACACUUAGGAAAUGAUCCCAAACUAAUAUUUGGUUCGCGUAAAAUUUUGGAAGCACUUCACAAUGCCGAUGUCACCCAAACUGCCCUUUAUCCUUCGCACUGUUCUCAAGACAACCAUAUCCAUUGCCUCAUUUAAGGGAAUCUGGAUUCCGGAAUAUUAUAACUUGUGAAAUCUGAAGUACUGGAUUUUGGAAUCCGGAAUACAGCUCAAGGAGUCCGGAGUCUCACUAACGUUUUGAAUCCAGAAUCCAAGUUUCACUGACAAAGACUAGAAUCCAGAUCCUGGAAUCCGUAAUCCUUAGCGUGGAAUCCAGGAUCCAAGACUGUUUUGGAUUCCUUUACACGGAGCGAUAUCCAAUUAUUACACUCCUUGACUACGCCCUGUCUAAAGGAAAAGAACCUUGCCGGAUAUCAAACCACAAGAGUUUGAACCUAUACUCAAUUUCAGUCAAAAAUUUGUGACCUCGUGUUUUUGAUCAAAUCUCUUCGUGUGAUUUGUUUUCACAGACCAAUCAUCUGUUGUUGUACCGGCCUCAGAUUUUGCAGUCUUUAACAACAUGCUGCCAGCCUCGAAGAGCGACUACUACCGCUACAACGGCUCUCUUACCACCCCUACGUGCAAUGAGGUCGUCACCUGGACUGCUUUCAAGGAUGCUGUCAAAAUAUCCAAGCGUCAGGUAGAGUAAACAACUUACGCUUGCGUGAUGGCCAUUCCAGGGAAGGGGGAGGGAGGGUGGGGAGACGUUUUCGGCCGCUUCAGCAUUCCCAACUUGUCUUUAAGCCUGCCAGUAAGUCUGCAGGGUAUGGCAAGUGUACACGCAGAUUCUCGUUUCCUACUCGCUAAAUAGAAACGCCUAAAUUUUGCUUGGCACGCAACUGAUUACUCGUUCACUAAGGAGCGUUUUCACUUGACGCCGCGGCGGCCACAUUGGUGUUCCAAGACAAUGAAAUCCCGGCCAUGUUGGUGUAACAAGGAAAUCCUCUGGGAGUUGAACUUUUCUUCUUUUGUUCCGAUAAAUUAUCAGAAAUGCUGGCCACGUAAUUGAAAACGUUCUAUAGGAUGACACGCACAAACGAGAUUAUUUGCAAUCCAACAGUUCAGUUUGCACGCGGUGCAAGCGGCACGGCUUCCCUUACCAGCACAGGGAGACUACAUGUAUAAUUCUUUCAGAAAUUUCCACGCCAUUCAGUAGCUACGAGCCGGCUAGAUUUCUUAGAGCGCGUAUUACUAGUCUCUAAGAACUACCAGAAGCAUAUAACCGACCAUAAACCUGCUACUGGAACUACUCACAAUAUCAUCCCAUAUCAUUUCCUGUCGUAAACGAUCUUCUAUUUGCUUUUGAUUGUAACAGCCCUGAGAAGCCGAGUAGUUUUACUGGAAUGAGUUUUGCCUUGUUGUUAAUUAAUGCUAGUACUCUAUCAAAGUUGUAAACGAAACACUUUUUUUCCCGUUUUAGUGAGGGCACAGGAACGGUCUUCGAAAAUAACUCUCUUUCAGUUAACAUUGAUUUCUCCUUUCAGAUUGAUCUCCUUCGUAAACUCGAAAACCGGGACGGUAAACCGCUCACGAAAAAUUAUCGUCCACCAAUGCCACUCAAUGGCCGAACCGUCAAGGCUAGUUUCAAGGCCACUUCUGUUGCAACUAAUCCGCCGCCAGCUGCUGGCUCCACUACCAUGCCAACAGGAGGCGCAUCUGUCAGCAGGAUGACCGUUGGCCUGUUUUUGUCAAUGUUGUUGGUCCUCUUCGCUUUGCAGUAG